AUGAAAAAUUCUGACUCGAAGAAUUUGCUGGAAGGAGAGGCUUCUAAAGGGGAGGAUGGGAAGGAAAUGUCUGAUGGAGAAGUAGAGUCAAAGUUAAGAAAAUUAUAUGAUGAAAAAAAAGCAAUUUAUGUAGAUCUUGGCACUGCUCAGGCACGAGAGAAGAAAACUGAGGAAGAAAACCUGUAUGGAGUAUGCUCUCAAUCUAUUUCAAAUCACAAGUUUGGCAAUGCAUCUGAGGAUACAUUGUUUGAUGCUGUUGUGAUCGAUGAAGCUGCUCAAGCUCUGGAACCAGCAACUCUUAUUCCUCUUCAGCUUUUAAAAUCAAAGGGAACCAAAUGUAUUAUGGUUGGUGAUCCAAAGCAACUUCCUGCGACAGUGCUCUCUAAUGUUGCUAGCAAAUAUCUGUAUCAAUGCAGCAUGUUUGAACGAUUACAAAGGGCUGGCCAUCCUGUCAUUAUGCUCAUGAAGCAGUAUAGGAUGCAUCCAGAGAUAUGCCGGUUCCCUUCUUUGCAUUUCUAUGACAGCAAGUUGCUUAAUGGUGACCUGAUGUCCAGCAAAGCAGCACCAUUUCAUGAAACUGAGGGCCUUGGACCCUAUGUAUUCUUUGAUGUUAUCGAUGGGCAGGAACUUCGGGGCAAGAACUCUGGUGCUUUGUCCCUCUACAACGAGUGUGAGGCUGAUGCUGCAGUUGAAGUACUUCAGUUUUUCAGGAAGAGGUACCCGUCAGAGUUUGUUGGUGGAAGAAUUGGCAUCAUAACUCCUUAUAGGUGUCAACUUUCACUUUUGCGUUCGCGGUUUUCUAGUGCAUUUGGAUCUUCUGUUACGGCUGAAAUGGAAUUUAAUACUGUGGAUGGUUUUCAAGGCCGGGAGGUUGAUAUACUUGUACUUUCCACUGUUAGAGCAGCAGAACCAUGUUCCUCCGGACCCAGGAUGAACUAUAGCAAUAUUGGGUUUGUCGCUGAUGCAAGACGAAUGAAUGUUGCUUUGACAAGGGCCAAAGUUUCUUUAUGGAUUUUGGGUAAUGCAAGAACUUUGCAGACAAAUGAGAACUGGGCAGCUCUUGUCGGGGAUGCUAAAGAGAGAAAGUUGCUUAUACCGGUUACAAAGCCAUAUGAUGUCAUCUUUAAGUCUGCUUUGAAGAAAUAUUCUGCUUCAGAAAAUUCUGAUGAUCGUUCAAGGAACCUAAAACAUGCUGAGAAGGUUAAAAGGUCUAGCAGGCAUGCUGAACUGCAACAUAAAAAUGCAAAGCAUUCCUAUGAAAGGAAAAGAAAAUACAUGAUCACGGAAACUCAAAGUGCUUAUAGUGCAGGUGGAGAUGAACAUGAUUGUUUGGCAACAGGGGAUGCUUUCAAAGGCAAGAAAAGAAGAGCCAGAGAAGAACAUGAUUCUGUAGCGAAGAUGGAUCUUACAUCUGUAGCCGGAAAUAGGGUCAAUGAGGAUAUGAAGUCCACAAGCACAGGAGAUCAAGUGAUAGACCGUGGAUAUGAAGUCAAAAAAACUAAUGAAAAGCUACUCAGUAUGGGAGAUUCUGCUGUGGCUAAGAGAAAAGGACGUGAAAAUAGGAGCAACUUGCAUCAGUCUGAGCCGGUGUCAGGUGAUGGUCAAAAGGUUGUGAUGCCAGUUGGAUUUAAAGGACUUGCAGAAUCUUCGGAGCAUGACAAAAGGCAGAUCAGUAUCGAUAUUAGAAUAACUUCUCCUGAAAGAGGCUUUCAGCAGAGAGAUGGGGAUGAUAGAACUAGAGCUCCUAAUCAAGUUGACAUACGCAAAGAUGCAAUCACGAAAAGGAAACAACAACGUGAGGCUGUAGAUGCACUUCUUUCUUCAGCUCUCAUAUCUUCAAAAAAGACUGAAAUCUCAUCGAAACCUGUAACUGCAAUGAGGCAUUUACCUCCAACAAAUACUGCAGGGCAUGCAAUUAAACCACCCAAGCCAAGAAAAGUUCAACUUCAACCUGCAUCAGUACCAAGUACAACGCGUAGUGAGACUCAUCAAUACCAUCGUAAGAGGGACAAAUCUUUGAAGUCACUGGGAAUUGGAUGAAGCAUGAACUUUUCUAAUGAUACAUGUUAAGGAGGAGCUCUGCAAUCAUCUUCCUGUUGUGCAGUGACACUGAGAAUUUAGGGUUCCUCUUGUGCUAACUAGAAGGUAAAUUGCUGCCUCAAAUGUUUGGACGUUUUUGUUCCAGAAACUACAAUUGAGUGAAUGGCAUUGAUAGAGAUCAAUGACCCUUGCAGAUGAGCGUCUCUCAGCAUCUGGUUUCUUGAAUAGAAAUAUUUUUUUUCGUUGGACAUCAGUUUUGUUGCCCCCAGAUGAGCUGUGUAUUACUGCCCAUUUCUACUAAUAAUUUGAGCAACUUUUGCUGCAGAAGAUUUUUUUCCUUUUAUAUUUUUGGUAGUAUCCCAUAAACAGGAGUGUAAUACUACAUGGACUUAAAAAGUAGAC